AGACAUCAAUCAUGAUCUACAGCACACACCUGCACAGCUCGCGAGUACUGGGUUCAUCGGUACUGUUCCGGGGAGAAAAACAGCGAAAGCUUCGACUUUCUAUUUCUCGGAGACCAUCCGUGAUGGCAGAGGCAGUGAGGCGCACAAAGAAGGAGGGCUUGGAGCAGGCCAAGGGGGAUUUGGAGAAGCUCAUUAGCGAGAAGAGAUGCCACCCAAUCUUGAUCAGGUUGGCAUGGCAUGAUGCUGGCACCUACAACAAGGAUGUCAAGGAGUUCCCCAACCGUGGAGGAGCAAACGGCUCCAUUCGUUUCUACCCUGAGAUCAACCACGGAGCAAACGCAGGUCUGGUCAACGCUUGCAACCUCCUCCAGGAGAUUGCAGACAAGUACGAGGGAGUGUCUUACGCCGAUCUCUUCCAAAUGGCAUCAGCAAUGGCCGUGAAGGAUGCUGGCGGCCCGACCAUCCCCAUGCGCUUUGGCCGCAAGGAUGCCCAGGGCCCCGAGAGCGUGCAGCCCGAGGGCAACCUGCCAGCUGGAGGCGCUCCCUGGCCCAACAACGAGCCCGGCCCUGGCGACCACUUGCGCAAGGUGUUUUACCGCAUGGGCCUCAACGACCAGGAGAUUGUCGCGCUGAGCGGUGCCCACACGGUCGGCCGUGCGUACCCCAACCGCAGUGGCUUUGGCAAGGAGUCCACAAAGUACACCAAGGACGGCCCCGGCACCAAGGGAGGCUCCAGCUGGACGCCUGAGUGGCUGGUGUUUGACAACUCGUACUACAAGUACAUCAAGGAUCAGUUUGACUCGGAGCUGCUGGUUCUGGAGACUGACGAUGUCCUCUUCAAGGACGAGGGCUUCAGGCCGUUCGCAGAGAAGUACGCAGCCGACCAGGAUGCUUUCUUUGCUGACUAUGCCAAGGCGCAUGCCAAGCUGUCAGAGCUGGGAGUCGAGUGGGAUCCUUCACCGAUUGAGUUCGCGCUCUGAAGCAGCACCUUCUAGAGGGACAUGCCUGGAUGCACGUUUGAACGGUGUCACAUUGGCAGCGUGAUGUGCACUCAUCGGCUAGUCCUGUGGUGCAACUACCGAUAUUGCGUGAGCAGCAUCCUUCUUGGCUGCUCAUGAGAAUGUCGCCAUAUUACAGGAGGCAGUAUUUAGGGAGUGUGUGCAUAGUCAACAGAGCAGCAUCGAUGUGGGCAUAGAAAGUAUACUGAAUACAGGGCAUUGCCUCAGGCAUUGGCGGGUUCUGCCACCUUUCUGCCACAUCUGUCAAUCUAGGAUGUUGUCUUGCAGCAUCAGAAUUAGGAUGUACAGACAUGGAUUCUUAUAGUUUCUAUUUUGCGUUGUCCACAAGCAUAAUGUGCGCAAUUUGCAUCUGGUCUCUGAUGUCGGAUUAUGCAUGUGCCCAAUAUUUGGAUCGCCAUUUCUUGAGAACCUGCACCACCAUUUUGGGUGUCAGCGCGUCUUGGAAAAUUGAGCUUACCAUUGACCAUGCCAAAGUUGAUCACUUCCAAUAUUUUCUGCAAUGCGCGUGUAACGUGCUGGACUUGCUAGGAUCUGCUGUGGCUUGGCACCAAAUUUGGUUUGAACAUGGUCUCUGUAAAGAAUCAAAUGCCUGGGACU